UCCAGCGCGGCGGGCGGGCCAUGGCGCUGGGGCUGGAGGAGGCCCUGGGCAUGGCGGGGGAGUUCGGCGGCGGGCAGCGCCGUCUGACCGCCUGCCUGGUGCUGCUGCAGGUAUACGUGGCUUUUCAGUCGAUGCUUAUCGUGCUCGUGGGAGCUGUGCCUGAGUAUCAUAUAGACCAAGAAGGAGUUCAGGCAAGCAAAGCUGAGCUUGCCAAGCAUAUCCAUUUUGCAGACAACUUCACGUCUAUAGUAACUGAGUGGUACCUGAUCGAACAAGAAGCCUACAAAGUGAGCCUUGCUUCAUCCCUAUUUUUUGCUGGAUUGCUUAUUGGAAAUAUCACCUUUGGCCCUUUGUCAGAUAAGCUGGGCAGGAAACCAGUGUAUAUCUCGGGUCUAUUUUUUGAUGUUGUUUUUGGGUAUGUUACAGCAUUAGCUCCAAAUUAUGAUGUAUUUGCAGUUUCACGUUUUUUUGUUGGAAUUGUGAAUGGUGGAAUGGCUCUUGUGUCUUUUGUGCUAACCCAAGAAUAUGUAGGAAAAUCAUUUUGGUCAUUUACAGGUUCAUUAACUAACUUGACCUUUGCAGUUGGCAUUGCUGUUUAUGCUUUACUGGGUUACUGUGUCAGAGAAUGGCGCCACCUUGCUUUGGUAUCAAAUACUCCAGGAGUCCUCUUCCUCCUCCUCUCUUUUAUUCUCCCAGAGUCACCACGAUGGCUGUAUUCCCAAGGGAAAAUGGCAGAAGCUGAAGAAGUGUUGCAAUAUAUUGCCCUUGGUAAUGGAAAAGAGGGAUUAAAUCUAAAAUUAAAACCGAAUGCAGGAACUUUGCAAAAGGAUGAGUCUGCACCUGGUGUCCUAAACCUAGUAAAACACCCAAUGCUUCGGUGGCGAACUGUCAUACUGAUGUAUAUCUGGUAUGUCUGCAGCUUUGUGUACUAUGGUCUAACUUUAAAUGCUGGUGAAUUAAGAGGAAACCUGUAUUUAAAUGUGGCUCUUUCUGGUCUUGUAGAAGUUCCAGCAUUUCCUCUCUGCAUGUUUUUAAUUGAGAAAUCCUGGUGUGGAAGACGUAAAACUAUGACAUGUUUCCUGAUAUUUGCAGGAUUUGCCUGUAUGUUUACCAUGUUUUUACCCACAAAUGCUGGCCUGCUCCUCAGCCCCACGUGGUUAGCAUUGUGUGGGAAGAUGAUGGUCAGUGCUGCUUUCAACAUCCUGUAUAUUUACACAUCUGAGCUGUACCCAACAGUACUGAGAAAUGCUGGCUUGGGUGUCUGUUCCAUGUCUUGCAGAUUUGGGGGCAUUUUGGCUCCAUUUGUGCCAUCUAUGAAAUCUCUCAGUCCCUCUGUGCCAUUCAUGGUGUUUGGAAUCAGUGGACUCUCAGCAGGAUUCCUGACUCUCCUUCUGCCAGAAACACUAAAUAAGCCAAUUGCUGAGAGCAUUGAAGAUCUCCAGAGUCCCAAAUACCAAUUGCUUAAAAAUGAAGAGACAGAGCAAACCGGUUAGAAGAAAACCCAUUUCAGAAGGCCUGUCUGUGGUGGGAAAUGAAGCCUCUGUUGGGAAGGUGCAAUAACAGUUCAAGGGCAGAGUCUUGCUCUACAGAUCCAACUGGAAUUGUUGGAGGACUCAUGUAUAAUCCUGUUUAUAGUGCGUUGAACAGUUUUAUGUGGAGGCAAAUUGAGAAGAUGGAGGAAGUUGAUCAAAGCUUGUGGGGAAAAAAAAGGUGUCAAAUCUGUGCAUUAAUGUAAUGACUUAACAGAAGCACAGUUUGGAUGUCUGGACUUCUCUAAGGCUUCCUCAAGUGAAGUAUUAAUUUAUUUUACAAAACGGACUUAUUAGCCUCAGAUUGAGCUGUAAUGUAGUAACUGAAGUGACGUAUAUAAUUUAAAAUUUAGAUGGCUUUAGAUGUUCAGGCAAGCUGUAAUUGUGAAAAGUAACAGCAUCCUGGGCAUGCUAACUUUCCCUACAGGUUUUUUGCCUCUAAAUUACAGUAUACCUCACAGUGUGAAGAGACCAAAGAGCUUUAUGGGUUGUUGGCCUUAGUAUGUCUAGUGUAUAAAACCUGAGCAGGAGAUAUGAAAGGAGAAUAAAUGGAUUUUUUGGUGGGAGUAAUUUUUUAAUACAGUUUUACAUUAAAAUAUAAGUUAAAAAUAGGACUAGAUUAUAAAAACUGUCAGGCCUUUAAGAGGUACAUUUAAAGGAGAGGAUGGGUAACCUCUUAGCCAAAAGUUAUGGAGUUCUAGCUGUACAUGUGGAACUAGAAAUUACUGAACAUGAGUCAUACAUUGUCUCAUAUGUCAUGUCAUCCAAUCCAUUUCAGGUAUGAACUAGAAAUUCUUCCCAUGGGGACGAGGCAGUGGUGUUUGGUUAACAGUUAGUAUGUUAACUUGAAUAGAUGCAUCACAAAUGUUAAAUUUUUUGUCGGCCAACACAAUUUUGUCAUUAAAAAGAAAAUCAGUUAC